GGCUGCGUCACAACGUCAGUGCACAUAUCUGGUCAGUCCAACACAGGGCACCGUAACAGAACAAGUCAGACUGGAGCAAAUGUGAAAAGAGAGGCUGUUUACAGUCUGGAGAAUAAAUCAGACGAGUGAGAAAGGAUUUAAAAUCAUGCCGUCUAAAACUGCGAAAAGCUCCACUGCCUCUGCCAAGCCGAGAGGGAAAGGGUCGCAGCCUCGGGAUGACUCCGAAGACGAGCUGGAUGUACCCCCUCCACAAACCAACGCCAAUGGCCAAGAGGAGGCACCGACAACUGACCCUUCUCAGGGAGAGCCUGUCGAGGCGAUUGACAAUCGGAGUUUGGAGGAGAUUCUUGGUAGCAUCUCUCCACCCCCGCCCCCAGCAAUGACCAAUGAACCUGGCGCUCCUCGGCUCAUGAUAACACAUUUAGUCAAUCGCAACUUUAAGUCUUAUGCAGGCGAGCAGAUACUGGGACCUUUUCACAAGCGUUUUUCCUGCAUCAUUGGCCCAAAUGGGAGUGGCAAGUCCAAUGUGAUAGACUCCAUGCUCUUUGUGUUCGGAUAUAGAGCUCAAAAGAUCCGGUCCAAAAAGAUGUCAGUACUGAUUCACAGCUCUGACAAACACAAAGACGUCCAAAGCUGCACUGUGGAGGUGCACUUCCAAAAGAUUAUUGAUAAGGAAGGAGAUGACUACGAAGUCAUCCCCAACAGCAAGUUCUAUGUUUCCAGAACUGCCAACAAAGAUAAUUCUUCCUCCUAUUACAUUAAUGGAAAAAAGGCCACAUUUAAAGAUGUGGGCGCAUUACUUCGAAGUCAUGGUAUUGACCUAGACCACAACAGAUUUUUGAUCUUACAGGGUGAGGUGGAACAGAUUGCUAUGAUGAAGCCAAAAGGACAGACAGAGCAUGAUGAGGGUAUGCUCGAGUACCUGGAGGACAUUAUUGGCUCUUGUCGACUUAAGGAGCCCAUCCAAGUCCUGUCCCGUCGCAUUGAACUGCUGAAUGAGCAGAGAGGAGAGAAGCUUAAUCGAGUAAAGCUGGUGGAAAAGGAGAAGAAUGCUUUGGAAGGGGAAAAGAACAAGGCAGUUGAGUUUCUUACUUUGGAGAAUGACAUAUUCAAACUCAAGGGCCAGCUUUGCCAGUACUAUGUACAUGACCUGCAAAAGCGUGUGAUGGAUAAAGAGCAAGAAAAAGUAAAGAUUCAAGAUGAUACGAAGGAACUUACAGAGAAGAAUGCAAAGAUAUCUCAAGAGAUUGAGAAAAUGAAUCAAGAGCUUAAGAAUGUUGAAAAAAAACAAAAUAAACUUGACAAGUACAUUGAGGCUCAAAAGGAGAAGUUCACCCAGCUGGACCUUCAGGAUGUAGAAGUUCGUGAAAAGAUUAAACACUCCAAAAUUAAGAACAAGAAACUACAGAAGCAGUUGGAGAAAGACACAGAAAAGUUGGAGGAAGUGCGUAAAGUACCAGCCAACAGUGAAAAGGCCAUCUCUGAAGCAGCUGCUCGUAAAGAGGAGCUAGAGAAGAAGAAGGCAAAAGAAGAGGAAAAACUAAAGGAGGUGAUGGAGAGCCUGAAAGAAGAAACCAGUGGUUUGCAACAAGACAAGGAGUGUAAAGAAAAGGAGCUUAUGGAGCUGAAUAAGGCUGUAAAUGAGACCCGUUCUCGCAUGGACCUUGCUCAGUCAGAGCUGGAUAUCUAUCUGAGCCGCCACAACACUGCUGUAACCCAGCUGAAUACUGCCAAGCAGACCCUCCAGACCACCUCUGGCACACUGCGUGAGAGACGUGCGGCCAUUAAAGACCUGGAAGUGAAAAUACCACAGAAAGAAGAGGCUCUUAGAAAGGAUGAGGCUGAGCUGGAGCAGCUUGUGAAGGUCGAUAAUGAGACCCGAGAGUGUGUUCGGGAAAUGAGACAAAAAGUUGAUGAGGCUAAAAGCUCCUUGUCUUCAAACCGCAGCCGUGGGAAAGUUUUGGAUGCUCUUAUGCAGCAAAAAAGGAGUGGCAAAAUCCCCGGCAUCUUGGGCAGACUGGGUGAUCUCGGUGCCAUUGAGGAGAAAUACGAUGUGGCCAUCUCAUCCAGCUGUGGUGCUCUGGACAACAUUGUUGUUGACACCAUUGAUACUGCUCAAAAAUGUGUCACAUUUCUUAAGGAACAAAACAUUGGAGUGGCUACUUUCAUUGGGCUUGACAAGAUGAAAGUUUGGGAAAAGAAUAUGGUACCCAUCAAGACACCAGAGGACAGCCCGAGGCUGUUUGACAUGGUGCGAGUAAAGGACGAGAGUGUACUGCCAGCCUUUUAUUUUGCCCUUCGGGACACGCUCGUGGCCAACGACAUGGAGCAAGCCACUCGAAUGGCCUUCCAGAAAGACAAGCGCUGGAGAGUGGUUACACUCAGGGGACAAAUCAUUGAAAUGGCUGGCACUAUGACUGGAGGAGGAAGAGUGAUGAAGGGACGAAUGGGUUCUUCUAUCAGCACAGAGGUCUCUCAGGAAGAGCUCAACCGAAUGGAAAGCAAACUGAACGAGAAGGUGACCAAGCUCCAGGGCUGUCAGGAGAGGAAGCUGCAGCUGGAGGAGAGCAUCCAGCGCCUUAAGCCAGAGCUCAGAGACAUGAAGAACACUCUGGAGAAAUAUGCCAACAGUCUGACUAGUCUAGCAGAUCAGGAGACUCAUCUAAAACUUCAGAUUAAAGAACUUGAGGCCAAUGUGUUGGCUGCUGCUCCUGACAAAACCAAACAGAAGCAGCUGGAGAAGAGCCUGGAGGCUUUCAAAAAAGAUUUUGAGGCAGCAUCCAGUAAAGCUGGAAAGGUAGAUGCUGAAGUGAAGCGGCUCCAUAAUUUGAUUGUGGAAAUCAAUAGUCACAAGCUGAAGGCUCAACAGGACAAACUCACCAAAGUCAACAAUGAGCUGGAUGAAUGCUCCUCCAUCAUUACCAAAGCCCAGGUGGCCAUUAAGACGGCUGAUCGUAAUUUAAAGAAGUGUGAGGAGAGUGUGAGUCGUGUACAGAAGGAGCUGGAG